AUGGCCCAGUCCGACAGCAAAGUCCUGCUCCUGGGGGCCCUGGCCGGAGCCGCAGGUCUGGGUCUGGCAGUGGCCUGUUAUCAGGGCUAUGGCACGCUGCGGCGCAGACACUCGAUGCCGGCGCAGGCUCACCGCGCCGCGCUGCAGAGCCGCAGCAGCGAGCUGGUGUCUGGGCUGGUGCUGGCGGACGGACUCCCCAGGGGCCAGGCCGAGGUGCUGGACCGGCUGGAGGCCCUGAUCCAGUGCGUGUCGGAGCUGAAGGAAGAGAUGAAGUCCCUGAAGACUGCGCUGCCCUCGCUGCAGGAGGCCGUGAGGGACGAGCUGAGCGCCUCCCACCGAGCCAGCCCUCUGCACAGAGCAGGAGCCGCCCGGAGGAGGAGAGCCGCCGCCGCCAGAGCCGAGAGGAGCUCUGAGGAGGCGGAGAGCGAGGGAGGAUACAUCACGGCUCUGACUGACUCUGACGAUGAGGAGGAGGCUGUGGCUGAGAAGCCUGAGGAAGAGCGCCCCCUGGAGGACCCUGUCUGUGCUCUGUUCGAGAGGAUCGACCGCCUGCACCAGGGACCGGAGUCCGACAAGAGAGAGAGCCUCAGUCUGCUGCUGCAACAGAGAGAACAGCUGGGACAGAACUCCAGUUUCUUGUGGCGUCUGACUCGCGCCUACAGCGACGUCCACGACUUCUGCUGCAGCCUGGAGGAGAAGAAGCAGCACGCCGAAGACGGGAAGCGAGUGGGUGCGGAGGCCGUGCAGCUGAACCCGACGUGCGCCCAUAGCCAUCAAUGGUGCGUGUCACGUUUUUAUCCUUCCCCCUCCUUCCUCCCUGCACUCACGGACACAGGUACUUUCCUUCUGAAUCCUGAGUGA